GUACAUCCCGAAUUGUCGGCCUUUCUCAGUUUGACAUUGACGGUGAUUUCCAGACCACAGAGUGCCGUAUAGGCUUAUUUUAUUUCGAUCGUUUUAAAACUCAAAUCCGUCAUCAUGCCUAUGGCAGGACUCACCAUGGCGAGCUUGAAAAAGCACCCUUCGCUGGUUCCCCUGUUUGUGUGCGUGGGUGGUGGCAUGGCCUGGGCUGCCUACUACAUUGGCAGACUGUCCCUACGCAGCCCUGACGUCGGCUGGUCCCAGAAACACGAAGGAAUGGCCAACACCAGAUGGCCCGUGAACAAACAGUACAAGUUCUACUCUCCCAUCCGGGACUACAGCAAGCUGGAGAACCCCAAGGAGAGACCACAGUUGUAGACAGGACACACCGGUGUACACACGAGGGAGGGAUGGAGAGGAGGAGGACAGGACAAGACGUGGCCCCACCCCUUCUCCCCUCCCCCGGCCUCACGUUGGGACUGGCUACACAGUUUGUUCCCACGGCCAGAUGUUGUGUGGACGUUUGUUGUACAGAGUGAAGUUGUCUGUCUGUCUGUCUGCGUAGUGAUACGAUAGCAUGAGUGCUGGCAACGGAACAGUUUUUUUUUUGGUUUUUUUUUUAAAUUUCUUUUUCAACAGAAAAGUUUGCCAGUUGGGUAGGUAUAGGAGGAGGAUAUUUGGAAAAAAAGAAGCAAAUUUCGCUAGAAGUGAAUGGAAGUGUACUUACCUGUAAUUUAUUUCACCACGAAUAUCUUCUACCAUGUGUAGCUUGGGGAAAUGUUUAUACCUGUGAUGGUACAUAUUUGCCGCGGAAUGGUGUUUUCGCCUCCUCACGCCUACUGACUUCUUUUGCUGUGCUAGAUCUAGUGGUUUUCUUUAGUUUCUGAAAACGUUUCAUCCUGUCAACUGAUAUUUCAGACAAAAAGAUCUGCAACUGAGUACACAAUUUUGUCUUUACAGGAAACUUAUUAUUUCCUUGUGGACUAAAAGUAUGCUCAUAGUAUGAUAUUUUUUUUCCUCUUCUUUUUUUUUUUUUUUUUUUUCUCGCUUCUUGAUAUAAGGUGGUAUCGCACAAAGCUGACCUUGAAGUUUUUCUUUUCUUUUAUUUUGCAGAAUCAUUGUCCACUUUCCAUGAAAAAUGUUUUACCAGUACUUUGCAGUCUCCACUGUAUUUGAAAUUUUAAUAUGAAAUAAAAAUGAUCCUGACUAC